AUAGAAUUGAGAAAUGGCAGAACGGAGUGACGGUGGUCGGAGUUUACUUACUACAAGGCUAUUGUUAAUUAGCCUUUCGUGCUUUGGAUUCUAUUGUUCGGCUGCUGUUGAAGGUGACCACCCUUGUAGUCAAGAUGGCUUCUUUGGAAGGUCAUGCCAUUUCAAGUGCAACUGUAAAAGAGCCGCAAGCUGUGAUAAGACAACUGGAAUUUGUCCAUCAGGAGAAUGUGCUGGGGAUUCCUGGGGUGAUCAUUGUCUGCUAAGCUCUUCCUGCAGUUACAAUGAUGAGAAGAUCUGUGUUGUUGGUGGCGUGGCUGGCACAUGUACUGGAUUGGCUUAUCUUGGGAAAAUGAGCCAAUCUGUAAACGGUAAUUGCCACCCGUGGAAAUACCAUGGAAACUAUCCUGAUUCUGAUUUCAGACACUUAGAUGGCACUCGUUCUGAUGCCAAGAAGUACUGUCGAAACCCAAAGACAGAUGAUGCUAAUAAACCUUGGUGUUAUACAACAUCUGGGGGUUGGAAAUAUUGCAGUGUCGGAGAUUGUGCUUGCCCGAGAUAUCGCUUUGGAGAAAACUGCGACAGCGAGUGCUUAUGUUAUGAUGUUGAUGAAGUGUGCGAUAGCAGGAGCGGAGUUUGCCCAAGGAGUGGUCACUGCUGGAAGGGUGUUACUGGUACUCACUGCAAAACUAGUUGUCAAGAUGGUAAAUUUGGUAUCAACUGUGAAUACACGUGCCGCUGCCGGGCUGGUGCGGUCUGUCACAAAACGACUGGAAAAUGUCCUAACGAGUGUGAUUACGGAUGGAGUGGAGAAGCUUGUCAGAUAGGAAAUGGAGCUCUGGGAAAAACUGCUGAGCAGAGUUCCACAUACGUUCAGAUGUCUCCAACCUAUAAAUCAUUUGAUGCCAGCAGAGCAGUCGACAACAACACUGACCCUGACUUGUCAAAUGGCCAUUGCUCCCAUACAAAAACCAUGGAUAAGCCAUGGUGGAGGGUGGACCUGAGUUACCCCCAUGUCCUCUUCAGCCUUACUAUCUUCAACAGAGAUUGCUCACAGUGCGGAGGACCUAAUACACCAGAAACUCGAUUGAAAGAAAUAAAGAUCUGGAUGACUGAUAGAAGAAUUACAUAUCCCACCGAUGAUGACCUGUGUUACUUCCUGGCGGGGAGCAUUCCAGAUGCCGGCAGUCAGAUGAUACAGUGUACGAAGCCUGUGAUUGGACGAUAUCUUUUCAUUCAACUACAGUAUGACAAUGCCAUCCUGGACUUCUGUGAAGUGAAGAUUCAUGCUUAUCAAUACAAAGCUUGUCCGUACCUCGAACAUGGACCAAACUGUAACCUGAAGUGUCAGUGUCAAGAUGUGACUGAGAAGUGUGACAUCAUCACGGGGAGGUGUUCAAUGUCUGGCUGCAACGACCAGUAUACAGGAGAAAACUGCCAGAUUGAGUUACCCAGCAUGAAGAGACCGCCAACCCGACUCAACUAUACAAGGAACUCCAUCACUGUUGCUUGGCCUGUUUGGCAGCAAGAAAUGGACAAUGGCAAAGGUCCUGUUACCAAAUAUAAGCUACAGUAUGCUGAAAGUGGCACAUCAUCUUGGACGGAUGCAGGGAUUUUCUCAAACAAUUUUGAUUUCACUGUGACUGGAUUAGACUCGUUUACAUUCUAUGAUUUUCGGAUAAUCCUUGGUUGGCAAGGCGAUAGUGCAACAAGUGUUUUAUUUGGACCGGAGCCUGGCGUGGGAGCUGUUGGAACCAGUCGGACAAGCUGCAUAGAGCCCAGUCUGGGACCAAAUAUCACAUCUCACCGAGGUAGUAUUGAGGACAUGUCGGUUUGGCCAUCGAAGAUAACUGUGGAGUUGAAAUGGGACGCAAUCCCAUUGGUAAGCCUCAACUGUAGAAGUCUCAAGGCAUACAUUGUUUACUAUUAUAACGAAGGGAGCACUGAAUGGUUACAGGAUUCUACCAAGGAUACGAACAUCAAGUUAACUGGUCUUGCUGCGAAUAUGGGAUACAAGAUAGUUGUAGGAGUCGUGAAUGCAGAGGGCUACCAGACGAAUGGGACGGUGAAAGGGAUCAAGACAUUGGAAGGAAGACCAGGCAAUGUGAGCAGCCUUCACGUGGAAAAACUACCAAACAGCGAACUGAAAGUAACGUGGCAGAAACCGCAGCAGUCAUACGGUACCAUCAAGGGCUAUCACAUCCAGUGGCAGCAAGUGGCUUAUGGCAUGUGUAAAAAUGUAACUGGAGCUGGCACUAUUUUGCAUCUCUCUGAAUCGACGUUUUCACACAAAGUGGAAUGGAUAGAUGUCUGCCCGUAUUGUAGGUAUAGGAUUAAAGUGUUUGCUGAAACUAGUGGAGGAAACGGUACGGAGGUUGAAGUGCAGGAAUUCACAUCUCCAGGAGUACCGAUGAGGAAGCCACAUGUGGUUACAGGAAGGCUCACCUCGAGAAGUAUUAGUAUCAAAUGGUGGGAGUACCCGUGUGAGGAUCGUAAUGGACCUAACGGAUCAUACAGUAUACAGCUAAACAACUUAGAUAGUAACAAUGUGAGAACCUUGGAUCCGAUACCACUUGGUAAUGUUUAUCAGAAGGUCGUAACUGGACUUAUCCCUUAUACAAGAUAUUCUUUGGUGUUUAUGUUUGUCAACAGCGAGGGAGCCAGUCCAAAUGAAACGUUUGAGUUUCGGACUCGUGAAGAAGUUCCUCCUCCACCGAGACUUGAAAAGCUCGCCAUCUCUCCAGACUCCAUCACGGUUGCAUGGUAUCCCCCUGAUCCUCCGUUUGGCAAGAUCCUGGAGUUCCAACUGCGUUACUGGGAACAGACAGACUAUAACGAAACGAAGAAUCUUCUCACAAUUUCCAAUGGUGUAGAGGGGCGUAAAAUAUUUGAUGAUUUGACCACCGAUGUCACAUAUGUCUUUAUGAUACAAGCGAAAACCAGCAUUGGUUGGGGUAACUGGAGCAAGAAACUGGUAUUGCUGACAGAGGAAGACUGGCCUGGAAUUCCUGAAUACCUCAAAAUGAGUGAGAAAUCUACGGAGAGUUUUAAGUUGACAUGGGCGGCACCUUCAAGACCAUCGGUGGUUCUGAUUGGUUGUAAGAUAACAUGCAAGCCUGUGUCUUCCUACAACAAAAAUAUCACAGCCAACGCACUGAAACACCGGAAAGAAUACAUUCUCAGUGAAUGGAUAACAACCCAACAUGUCUUGGGCUUGAACCAGGCCACCCAGUAUAACUGCAGCAUCCAGGCUCGAGGCAACAAGGGCUAUGGAAAAGCUGCAUCCAACUUGUUUUGGACCAGACCAAAACUCGAGAUGACUGAUGAGAAGUUUGUGCAGAUCAAGACCCAUCAGAUGACAGAUCAUACCAUCACCAUCAACAUACCUCCAGCUGAAACCUUUGCUGCUCCAAUCAGUUCCUUCUUCGUUGGGGUCGAGGACAAGACAAAUCAACGUCAGAAACGGAUUGCAACCAUAGAUAGUUCCACAACAGACAACCUCACUGAUUACACCACCGCUAAACAACGUGGCCUCCACCAGUAUAUAGCAGCCGAACUGGACAAAGGCUACAACGGACCAUUCAUAAUCGGGGAUGGAAAGACCUAUGGAAAAUACACGAAUCCCAAGUUGGAAACCGGGCAUAAAUACAAUGUCAUAUUUGGUGUUGUAAGUGAUCUUGAUGGGGAAAAGGUGAUGAAAUUUGCAAAAACAUCUGAUCAAGUUACAGUGAUCCAGUAUAAGUCACCGUCUGGUAGCCCUGUGGUGUAUAUUGUUGUUGCUGUUGUCUUGAUCAUACUGUUGAUCUUCGUGGCCUUGGGUGCUGCAUUCUUCAUCAGGCGGCGCCGUCUGAAAUACAUGUGCAAGUCAGAGAGUUUGACCGAUGUGAAAAAGAUGGGUCCGGAAGAGAUGAAAGUAAUCAAUGGAGUUGCUAAUCCUGCUUUGAUUGCCGUCCCCCCAGCUACGGAGGCUACAGCCAGCUGUGAAGAUCUGAUCGCCCAAACCAGGCUUGACGCCUCUGAUGGAGAUCUCUACGAGAACGUGCCAGCCAGGCGUAGCCAACCCAAGUCUCAUGCCAUACUCCUUGAUGACAUCUUAUCGUUUGUUGCGGCCAUGAAGAAGGAGAACUGUAGCGGCUUCAAAGCAGAGUAUCUGCAAUUCAAACCAGAGUUGGAGCAUCCUCAUGAUGAAUCAAAGAAAGAGGAGAACAAAGGAAAAAAUAGAUUCAAAAAUAUUGUGCCAUAUGACCAUAGUCGCCUGAUCCUUGAUGUAGGAGAAAGUAAUUCAAGCACUGAUUACAUAAACGCCAAUUAUAUUGAUGGCUACAAGAAAAAGAAGGCAUACAUCGCGUCCCAAGGUCCAACGAAAGCGGCCAUCAACGAUAUAUGGCGAGCGGUUUGGCAGGAGAGAUGUCCGAAGAUUGUGAUGCUCACCAACUUUGUGGAAAUGGGAAAGGCCAAAUGUGAGCGGUAUUGGCCAGAGUCAGGGAGCAAACUUUAUGGAGAGAUCACCGUUGAAGUGGUGACAGAAGAAAAGUUUGCUGAUAUGACUGUCACUGCUCUCAAAAUCUCAAAGGGUGGGCAAGAACGGCGAUUAAAGCACUUCUAUUUCACUGUUUGGCCAGAUCAUGGCGCACCAAAAUUCGCUUCAAGCAUGUUACAUUUCUGGCGGGAGGUGACGGGAUAUAGCGGUGAACAAUACGGGCCAGUUUACGUACACUGCAGUGCGGGUGUGGGGAGGACAGGGACAUUCAUUGGUCUCGACUACCUCAUACAACAGGGUAGCGUCGAGAAGAUGGUGAAUGUUUACGAGUGCGUGCGACAGAUGAGGUUAUCGCGGCCGAAAAUGGUGCAGACUUGGGAACAAUACGUGUUCCUCCAUGAUGCUUUGGCAGAGCAUUUUCGGGUAGGACUGACGGCAUUCCCGAGCUCGAUGUUCUGUGAUCGCUAUGGUAGUAUGGUCAUUCCCAAAAAGAAAGGAGCCAAGUCCAGGCUGCAACAACAAUUCAAGCUGUUGACCUUAUUCACAUCAGAAGUACAAAUGAAAAACUGUGCUGGUGGUUUAGCGCAACAAAACAUUCAUAAAAAUCGAUCGAAAGACAUCAUACCUGAGGACCGAUGUCGGCCAUAUCUUACCUUACCAGUUGAGGGAGGCACCAGUUAUAUAAAUGCUGUAUUCAUAGAUGGUUACAGUAAACGUGACACAUUUAUCGUGAGCGAGAUGCCUCAAGCCCACACUGUGAUAGAUCUCUGGCGGCUUGUCUAUGAUCACAGAGUCACAUCCAUCGUCAUGCUCAAUUCCUUGGAAUCGUCUGACCACGACAGUAUAUACUGGCCAACCUCAAAGCACAAGCUUGACAAUGAUGCAUUCUCGGUCGAGAGCCUCAAAGAAGACACAUCAGACCCAGACAUCACCACAAGAGAUUUCAAGUUUGGGCGGAAAUCAAAGUUACAGAUGAGUGAUCAGAAGCUAGAGCGAUUAGUGCGGCAGUUCCAGUUCAAUGCGUGGCCAGAAGACAAGGUGGUGCCAUCGUCUGCCAAGUCGAUCGUAUCAUUAGUUGACGCUGUGGAAAGGUGGCAGCAGCAGUCAGGAGAUGGAAAGAUCCUUGUACACUGCAUGGACGGUGGGUCCAAAAGUGGUGUUUUCUGUGUGGCCUACUCCGUGAUCGAGAAGAACAAAGUUGAACACGACAUCGAUGUCUUCCAGUACACACGUCUCACAAGAAUGAACCGGCCUCAACUCAUCUCGUCUUAUGAACAGUAUAAGUUUAUCCAUGACAUCGUAGCUGAAUAUCUCAAACAGUUUGACAUCUAUGCAAAUUUCCAAUGAUUUCAUGUGUUGCAUCGAAGUGUUAUUUUUACACUACACCAGGGUACUCAACAAAGAAGAGAGCUAGAUUAAAGUUGGAGGCAAAUGUUAUUUGAUAUUCAGAAUCUGUUUUCCACUAACAUUUCUGUGGUCACUUAAUGUGGAUGAGUGGAACUUAUACUCAAGAGAAUCAGUGUUAUUUCACAUUUCCUAUGGUUAACAUUAUUUGCCAUGACUGCUAUUGUAUGCCUUCAGUAAUCAAGUUCUUGUAUCAAGUCAGUGAAAACGCCUCCGCAGAAAUUUUGAUGCUAAGUAUUUGGUCGUGGAUUAAGGGGAUUAAAUCAUUCAAGGAGAGUCUUUGAUUUGUCGAUUUUAGCAUCGCAUACCAUGACUUUGUAAAUAUAACGUUAUACUUUACAAUGAAUACUCCUGAUUUUUAUGUUUUGAUGAAUAUCUCACUAUCAUGAGAAUAUAUGGGUCUAGAUGUUUACACAUAACGAACAUCCCUAAUGUGCCAAAUUGUAAAAUAUACAGCAUCAAGCCCGUGAAAUGGGUACAUACAGGAAACAACCAUUCCGUAUGACCUAAUGUCUGUGUGUUGCGAGACUUAUCAACAGAGAGGAAGUCUGUUGCCUACAUUCUUUUCAUAUUAUAUGCACCACUCUACAAAAUAUUAUUUUCAUACUUUUAACUUUUGCCAAUAGAUCUAGUUGGUUUACAUUUUUGGUACACCCUGUGCAGUAUUCUGAAGACUUUGUAAACAGUCUUCCUUCAACAAAAACAAAAGGUGCUUCUCUGAUCCAGCAGUCAUGCAGUUACGGAUUGGUACAAUGACUCCUCAUGUCUGUUUUGUAAAUUUAUAAUCAUAUUUUACAUGUAUGAUUGUACAGUUUAUUUAUUUUUGUAUUUGAAUCUCGCGAGAAAUUAACAUGAUUUUAUGGUGCUAUAUGUAAUCCAAGUUUUGUCUUGACAAUGUUUCUGUAGAUUCCUUGUGCCACCAAUCGAGUAUACCCAUUAGUCUCAUUAGAUUGGAGGGAGAUGUUCCUGUGAAAUGUCAUGAAGAUUUAGUUUAUUCAAGGGUCUAGUUAAAUAUUUAUCUUGUUAUGGUCAGAGUCCUCGAAUCAUGUCUAAGUUGCGAUGGUACUCAGUCAUGACAAGAUUUUUUAACAAAAAUUAGGUUUUCUUUGAUUUCAAUUUCGUGUCUCCUUCAAAUGGAAGUCAUAUAUGAGUAAUUGUCACCAUUUUGAUUGCUUGAAAAGAUCAUUUUGUGGACUUGGAUGUCAAAAAUCUACUUGUAGUUGUAAAGUUUGAAUAAAGAUUUAGUUAGAUAUACAAGUUUUAAGCAUAUAACUUGAGUUGACCAACACUGACACCAUGGCUGUGGGUAGUAGUUGCACAGAGCUUUCUUCUAUCAAAAGCCUUCAAAAUGAAAUGGAUUCAGACAAAAUGUUCUAUAAGAGUUCAUUGUUUAUUAUUGCUAUUGAAU